AAGUGCACUCGCUCAAUAUUAUUUUUCUUUAUUAUGCAUGAUGAUUUAGAAAUUUGCUUCAGAUUUUGGCACAAAUUAUGGAAGUUACUGCACAUGGCACGCUUUCGCAGGCCACAUAAAAUGACACGGUGGGGCACAUCUGGCCCCCAGGCCUUGACUUGGACACCCAUUAAUCUAUCUGGAUGGCAGGUGACGUAAAACUAACCUACGACAAGCCGCCACGUGACUAACAUUUGGCUAACAUUGUAAAAAGCAGCAAAAGAAGCUAGUAAGGCGUCAAACUAAAUAAAAAGCAAAUCAAACAUUCGUCAACUGCUAAAUAAAAGCGUGUUUUUGAACGUUCGGAGGAGGUCCCCGCCUCGCCGGAGCUCCGCUCGGCCCGGGCUCGCUUCGGGUGUACUGUCCCUUUAAGGUCUCCAAGGCUGGUCUGUUUCGUAUCGAUCCGGCCACCAUUUUCCAACACACAGCGGCAGGCGGCGGCGCAGCUAGCAACACGUCCGAGCGACAGCCAGGGAAGCGGCGGGGAACCAGCGAAGCCGAGGCUAGCCGAGCCACCCUCAGCAGCCGGAGAGAGGAGGCUUCCUUUCUCUCUCCCCCCCCACCCCCCCCCUCGGCACCGGCGGCGGCGGCGGGGCAGCCAUGGCGGCCAACAUGUACCGGGUCGGAGAUUAUGUUUAUUUUGAGAACUCAUCCAGUAACCCUCUGCUGAUCAGGAGGAUAGAGGAGUUGAACAAGACGGCCAAUGGGAACGUGGAGGCCAAAGUGGUCUGCUUCUACCGACGCAGGGACAUCUCCAGCACGCUCAUCGCCCUGGCGGACAAGCACGCCAGGGAGCUGGAGGAGGAGAUGGAGAAUCCCGAGAUGACCGACCUGCCCGAGAAGCAGAAACAUCAGCUCCGACACCGGGAGCUCUUUUUGUCUCGCCAGCUCGAGUCCCUCCCCGCCACGCACAUCAGGGGGAAAUGCUGCGUGACGCUGCUGAAUGAGACCGAAGCGCUCAAGUCCUACCUGGACCGAGAGGAUGCCUUCUUCUACUCGCUGGUGUACGACCCCCAGCAGAAGACCCUGCUGGCCGACAAGGGGGAGAUCCGGGUGGGCACCAAGUAUCAGGCCGACAUCACCGACCUGCUGAACGAAGGUGAGGAGGACGCCAGAGAUCUGGAGAAACUGGAGGAGAAGAUCUGGGAGCCCAGCAGCUCGCUGACGGAGAAACAGAUCGACCAGUUUUUGGUCGUAGCUCGGUCGGUGGGCACCUUCGCCCGAGCCUUGGACUGCAGCAGCUCGGUGCGCCAGCCCAGCCUUCACAUGAGCGCUGCCGCGGCCUCCCGAGACAUCACCCUGUUCCACGCCAUGGACACUCUGCACGGCACGGGCUACGACGUGACGCGGGCCAUCGCGGCGCUGGUGCCCCAGGGCGGCCCGGUGCUCUGCCGCGACGAGAUGGAGGAGUGGAGCGCCUCGGAGGCCAACCUGUUCGAGGAGGCGCUGGAGAAGUACGGCAAGGACUUCACCGACAUCCAGCAGGAUUUCUUACCGUGGAAGUCCCUGACGAGCAUCAUCGAGUAUUACUACAUGUGGAAGACCACUGACAGAUAUGUGCAGCAGAAACGAUUAAAGGCAGCCGAGGCCGAGAGCAAGUUAAAGCAGGUCUACAUCCCCAACUACAACAAGCCAAACCCCAACCAGCUGAGCAGCAACAACCCAAAGCCGGUGGCGCUGGUCAACGGAGCCGCCGGAGCCGCCGCGCCCGGACCGCCGGGCCAGCCGGGUCACGGGCAGAACCCCCCGCCGCUGGCGCGGGCCUGCGAGAGCUGCUACACCAACAGUUCCUAUCAGUGGUACUCGUGGGGACCUCCCAACAUGCAGUGUUGCCUGUGCGCCUCCUGCUGGACAUACUGGAAGAAGUACGGCGGACUGAAGAUGCCCACGAGGCUGGACGGGGAGCGACCCGGACCCAACCGGAGCACAAUGAGCCCUCACGGUGUGCCUCCGCGACACGGCGGCAGCCCCAAGUUCGCCGUCAAGACGCGGCAGGCCUUCUACCUGCAGACCACCUCCCUGACGCGGCUGGCGCGCCGCCUCUGCCGGGACAUCAUCAAGCCCCGCUACCUGGGCCGACACCCCUACCUCCCCGUCAACACGGCCGCCAUCAAGGCCGAAUGUGCGAUGCGGUUGCCAGAUAAGGACCCGGGCAAGCCUUCGCCGCUCAAACCCACAGAACGGAAGCCUCUCGAGUCCGUGGUCCGAUAUCUAGAAGCACACCCCCGCCCAGCCAAAGCGGAGCCGGCCGCCCGCGGGGCGUCCAUCUCCACGGGCAGCCUGACGCCCAUCAAGUCCUCCCCCAUCCUCAACAACGGCUCCCCCACCAUCCUCGGGAAGCGCAGCUACGAGCAGCACAACGGCCUCGACGGCACUAAAUCCAAAGGUUUGGCCCCCCAGUGGGACAUCAUGGCCAAACGCAUGAGCGACGUGGGCCGGGCCUCGGCCGCCAUGCAGGACGAGGUGCACCAACUGGACUGAACGCGCCGGGUCGUCCCGCGUCCAACUCCCGGGCCUGCCGGGGGGCGCUAGAAGUCACGUUCCACUAAAAUGCUUGGUCACUGAAUGCAGCUGGAAGGAGUCGACUGUGCUUUUUUUUUUUAUUUUUGUUUUUUCGCCCUCGGUCGUCUGACGGUCCAUCUCUUUGUACAGGACUGUGUUUAUUACUUGCGUCUGUUGUUAUUACAAUGUCAAAAUGUUAAUUUUUUUUCUUUUUAAUGGCUAUAAUUCAGCUUCUUGUUCUUUCGUGAUCAAAUGUUUCAUGAGGAAUGCUUGUAAAGUUGAAAAAAAAAAAAAAAAACCCUGUGGAAAAAAAAAAGGGCGGAAGGACUAUAACAUAAGCCACUUGCAGCUUGUAUGUUAUUAUUAUUUUUUUUUACAAGUUACUAUUCCAAACCCCCCCCCAUGAGGAGAUGCACUUUUAUUUCAUGACGAGUUAAUGCCGUCUUUUUUUUUUUUUUUGUUAUUGUCAUUUUGAAUUUAAAAAAAAAAAAGAAAAGAGAAAAAAAAAUGCUUUACGGGAAUCUUGUUUCACGUUCCGGGCCUGAGCGCUGUUUUGGCCGAGAGAGGUUUAACUUAUUGAGAAGGACGGGCUGUUUUUCUACCUUUUUCACAAGUA